UCUUUCCCACUUCACUUUUCUCAGAUAUUUUUGGUUUGGGCCGUCACUUAAACUUUUUCUCACAAAAACCAAAAAGGUUCCAAGAUUCGACCACAAUGGCGGCUUCAACAAACUCUUUCCUCGUCGGAAACCAAACCCAGAUCCCUUCCUUCAAACCCAAACCCACCUCCCAAUCCUUCCUCCACCUCACCAAACCACCCUUCACCUCCACAAGACCCAAACCCGUCUCCAUCAGAUGCGCUUCCACCACCACAACAACCAUCGGAUCCGACCCGCGAGUCAUCAACUUCGCCGCGGGCCCCGCAGCUCUCCCCGAGAACGUCCUCCUCAAAGCCCAAUCCGAGCUCUACAACUGGCGCGGAUCCGGAAUGAGCGUCAUGGAGAUGAGCCACCGAGGCAAAGAGUUCCUCUCCAUCAUCCAAAAAGCCGAAUCCGAUCUCCGCAACCUCCUCGCCAUCCCCUCCGAUUACUCCGUCCUCUUCCUCCAAGGCGGCGCCACCACCCAGUUCGCCUCCCUCCCUCUCAACCUCUGCGCAUCCUCCUCCGAUCCCGCCGAUUACGUCGUCACCGGAUCCUGGGGAGACAAGGCCUUCAAGGAGGCCCAGAAGUAUUGCAACCCGAGCGUCGUCUGGUCCGGUAAGUCCGAGAAGUACACUAAAGUCCCGUCCUUUGAUGGGUUUGAGCAGAACCCGCACGCCAAGUAUUUGCAUAUAUGCGCCAAUGAGACUAUCCAUGGAGUUGAGUUUAAAGACUACCCUGUUCCUAAGAACCCUAACGGUGUUUUGAUAGCUGAUAUGUCUUCGAACUUCUGUUCGAAGCCUGUUGAUGUCUCCAAGUUCGGUGUCAUCUACGCCGGCGCGCAGAAGAACGUUGGUCCUUCGGGUGUUACCAUUGUGAUUAUUAGAAAAGAUUUGAUCGGGAAGGCUAGGGAGGUUACUCCAGUGAUGCUUGAUUACAAGAUCCACGACGAGAACAGUUCCUUGUACAACACGCCGCCGUGUUUCGGGAUCUACAUGUGCGGUCUCGUGUUUGACGAUCUGUUGGCGCAGGGUGGGUUGGAGGAGGUGGAGAGGAAGAACCAGAGGAAGGCUAAGAUUCUGUACGAUGCGAUUGAUGAGAGCGGGGGGUUUUUCAGGUGUCCGGUUGAGAAGUCUGUGAGGUCUUUGAUGAAUGUUCCUUUCACGUUGGAGAGGGCGGAGCUGGAAGGGGAGUUUAUCAAGGAAGCUGCUAAGGAGAAGAUGGUGCAGCUCAAGGGGCAUAGAUCGGUGGGUGGUAUGAGGGCUUCUAUUUACAAUGCAAUGCCUUUGGCUGGUGUUGAGAAGCUCGUUGCUUUCAUGAAAGAGUUCCAGGCAAGGCAUGCUUGAUUCCAAUCUUCUUCUUUGUUUGAGUGAUUAUAAUAAGCGUUGAAUGCUUAUGAUUUGAGUUUUUUUUUUGCCAAUUGUGUGCGGAACUGUUUCGGUAAUAAUCUUUUAGCGUAUGCUAGAUGUCAUGUUUAAGCAAUAAUUAUUUACGCGUGUUUUUAUGUUACUUUUUGUCUGAGACUGAAGAAGGUAGAGAGAUCAAAAUCUUUCAAUAAACAACUUGUUGAGAAAAUGGUGAAAUGAGCUUUUGAUAAUAAUUAUUAUAAGGAUCU